CCGGAAAUGCGAAGUAGAAGAAACCCCAGAGCUGCUGGCUAAUGUUGCUAACCAACACGGAAGCAACAUAGCGUGCGAAGUGGCAACAGUUAGCAUUGAAUCAACAAAAGAAGACCCCUUGCUUGAUUUGAAAGCUUUCAGGCUUGGAUCCGAGGUCCUGUGCCAUUUUUCUCGAACUCAUCAUUUACUACUAUCAUGGCUGCAUCCCUGCUUUAGUUUUAUUUUCAUUUUUUGGUAAAUUAAGGAAGUGGAGGCGGAUGGACAAAGUUUUGGAUUGGGACUAGGAUUAGGAUAAGGACCCCUUCCACAGCUAUUUGUGAAAGCAAGAAGUGAUCUUAAAGUCUGCAGGUGCCCCCCCAUUCUGUGUCAGCAGUGCCCCUCACUCGACCACCAUGUCCGAUGGCCGGAUCUAUGUGGGGAAUCUUCCCGUGGAUGUCCAGGAGAGAGACAUUGAGGAUCUCUUCUACAAAUAUGGAAAAAUCCGUGAUAUUGAAUUGAAGAACAAUAGAGGCACUAUCCCUUUUGCCUUCGUCCGAUUCGAAGACCCACGGGAUGCGGAUGACGCUGUCUAUGGAAGGAAUGGAUAUGGAUAUGGAGACUCCAAGCUGCGUGUAGAGUAUCCCCGCUCCUCUGGUGCUAAAUUUGGUGCUAUGGGAGGUGGUGGUGGAGGUGGAGGAGGAGGAGGAGGAGGAGGAGGUGGUGGUGGAGGAGGAGGUGGAGGAGGAGGAGGACCUAGGGGACGGUUUGGACCCCCAACUCGAAGAUCUGAAUUCCGGGUCAUAGUGACUGGGUUACCUCCAACUGGGAGCUGGCAGGAUCUGAAGGAUCACAUGCGUGAGGCAGGAGACGUUUGUUUUGCAGAUGUGCAGCGUGACGGAGAGGGUGUGGUGGAAUUUCUCCGUAGAGAAGACAUGGAGUACGCAUUGCGCAGACUGGAUCGGACCGAGUUCCGCUCACAUCAAGGCGAGACUGCUUACAUCCGCGUCUUUGAAGAGAGGGGCACCCCCAACUGGGGUCGGUCGCGUUCCCGCUCCAGAUCAAGAGGUCGCUAUUCACCUCCUUACCAUAACAGAGGAUCCCCCCCUCCGCGCUACCAGUCACCUCCACGCCAUGCCAUGUCGCGGCAUAGUCCACCCCCCAGGAGGCACCCUCCACAGCACCAUAGCCCACCGCCGCGCCAUUACCGGUAGAAAGACCCAUCAUUUAUAGAGGAAUGGAGGAAAAAGGUUUUGUAAUUCUGCUUUUUAUUUUAUUUUUUAACCCCAGGCCUCCUCAUAGGAUACAUUUCUUGCUACAAUACAUUCCAUGGUCAGGAUCGCCUGAACACACCCUGCUCCUCCCCACAGCCUUAAAGAUGUUUUUUCUUUGCGCAUGAAAGACCCAUAUGUGUUAUUUGGAAGCGGGAUUGUUGUUUCGUUUUUUUUCUUAGCGAGGUAAACGUAUUUGAUCAUUGUAUAACAUAUUGGAGGUUUCUUUUAUAAAGAAAUCCUGGGUUGUGAUGUCAAACCUUGACCGGAAACCAGUACACACACGUAAUGUUAUAUUGUCCAAAACAAAUUACGCAAUUCUGCAGCUAUCAGGUUAAAGGUCAUACUGCCUCUUAAAAUUUCGGACAAAAUUUUCCUUUUUGUGUGUCAAAUUUCUGUAGCUUUAAUGAAUUUUUUGCCAAUCUAAGAACCUGUGAAGAUUAUCGAUAUCCUCUUCUGAUUCAAAACAAUUGAAUUAAAUUAGUGGGCCUUUUAGAGUAGUGACACAUGUUGACUGUGAGCCUCACCUGUCAGAUUAUUUUUUUAAUGUGUGAACCUCUGACCGAGGUGGCCUGUAGGUGGACUUUAAUUUGUAUGCAUCUCUAGUGUUGUUUUUGUUUUUGUUUUCUUUAUCAAUAAAAUGCAAACUUUUA